AAAGAUGGCGGAGCAGGAUUCAUUGGCUCAAGAAGUCAUAGGAUUUUCAUAGGUGGGAGGUCAGAUGUCAAAGGUGAACACAAUGGCGGCGCCUGGUGAAGCGAUGGGAGGCCUGGGGUCCCUGGGGGCCGCCGAAGCUCUAUCCGUGGCUCAAGCGUUGUCCUUACCGGCGGAGGCUUACGGAAAUGAUCCCAAUGUGGAGAUGAUUUGGGCAAUGAAGGCCUAUCAACACGCAGAGGUAUAUUUUAAUCUGAUCUCCUCGGUGGAUCCCCGUAUCCUAAAGCUGACCAAGACGGAUGACCUGAUUUACAAAACGUUUAGAGAAGACUUUCCAGACCUUCGUAUCGACAAGAUAGACGCGGAGGAGCUGAAGUCUGCAGAAGCCAAAGAGAGAUGGCGACCCUUUUGCAUGAAGUUUGAGAAGCUGGUAGAGGACUUUAACUACGGGACCUUGUUGAGACUGGACAGCAGCUGCGACUAUACAGAGGAGAACACCAUCUUCUCGACCCGAAUCCAGUUUUUUGCUAUUGAAAUCGCACGGAACCGGGAAGGAUGUAACGAUAAAGUCUUUCAGCGCAGAGCCGCAGAGGGCAAAUAAUGAAAGUGGAAGCCGGAUAACCCAACGGAUGGAGACAAACGGGGUCAUGCAGGGUGGCAGCUUAAAAAACGCUUGGGAACGGUGAUGGCUUCCUGCUAACGGCGAAUCCGCGGUGGUGUCCCCCUCAUCUCCUUCUAUGCCUCACUUACAAGCUUUUAACAAUUUGCAGCCGCGAUGGCGGCAGAAUCACAAAGCCGCUUAUGGACUUAUUCAGAGAGCCCUCUAAAGUAUUUGUUUUCAAUAAAACACGCCUUUAGUGGUAGGGCC